CCCCAUCAUUGGUGUCAGUGGAAGAAUAGUGCCCCAUCACUGGUGCCAGUGGGAGAAAUAGUGCCUCAUCAAUGGUUUCAGUGGGAGGAAUGGUGCCCCAUCAUUGGUGUCAGUUGGGAGGAUAGUGCCCCAUCAUUAGUGUCAGUGGGAGGAAUAAUGCCCCAUCAUUGCUGUCAGUGGAAGGAAUAGGGCCCCAUCAUUGCUGUCAGUGGCAGGAAUAGUGCCCCAUCAUUGGUGUCAGUGUGGGAAGAAUAGUGCCCUAUCAUUGAUGUCAGUGGGAGGAAUAGUGCCCCAUCAUUGGUGUCAGUGGGAGGAAUAAUGCCCCAUCAUUGGUGUCAGUGGGAGGAACAGUGUCCCAUCAUUGGUGUCAGUGGGAGGAAUAG